UAAUUAUUUGCCGAAAUUGCUCGCGAAACUAAGAACGGAGAUUGCAAUAAUUUCCUCCUUUCAGCAACGCGGCUGAAAUUCUUUUGAUGAGCGUCCUUUGUUCCGUGCCGCCAUUCUCGACGGUCCCUCCUCUAGAGCACAAUUCAUUUAUGUCACCUGUCACUGGAGACUACUUAAAAUGAGUAAACACCAAAGUAAACAAGAUGCUUCGGUGCCCGUAUCAAAGAGUAAAUUAUGGCAGAGUCUGGUCCAAAGAUUGAGUGUAAAAGUGCCAACGGAUUUAGAGAGUCAGACCAAAAGAAAAACGCUGUCGAAGCUUUCCAUGAUUGGUUUCAAUGGGGCCGGCAUACUCUUUCACAAGCGUGGGGAUCGACUUAAGAUCCCGAGAUAUCAGAACACCUAUCGUCUGGAACCGUUCAGAGCUUUUCACGCAGUGGCGGUCGACAAGAUCGUUCGUGACGUAAUGGAGAUCAAAUUAUCGGCGAUUACAUCAUACCAGCCAGAUCAGACAUCAAAAUUGUGUUUGGAAAUUGCUAGCGACGUGCUGAAGGCUGUCUGCAAGAAGGAUUACGACAGAUACAAGAUAGUGACGCAAGUAUACAUAAUCCAGCGCUUCCAACAAAGUAUGCACACGGCCUUCCAGUGUCUCUGGGACGUGGAACGUGAUAAUUACUCGUAUCACGUGUUUGAAAACAAUCACAUAUACGCAUGGUGCUGUGUGUUCGGUGUAUAUUAUGAUUAAACACAAUUCUGAACUAAUAUCUCGCAUUAAACUCACUGCAGUCUCAUUAGUUUGUAAUAUCGAUAUACACAUUGUAACGCUUAUACAUAUUUAUCGAGUCAUCGUAAACUCAGUACAUUAGUAAUUUCAAUGAUACCGAUUUC